UCCCUACUCCGCCAACCGCCAUCCGUGCGCGCAUGCGUAGAACCCUGCGGAAGCGGAAGGUGGUGGAAGCCGGCGGAGAGAUACUCUGCGGUCGGAGUGUCUUCUGCUGGGGCGGAUCAGCCCCCCCGUAUCGCAUUUGAAAAAGAGGAUACAUGAUCAGUGAAGAGCUUCAACAGCAGAUUGCUACAGAAGAUCAUUGUUUUUUCCCUACGUGGCAAGCUGCCUUCAGAUAAUGUACAAUGGGACUACAAAUUCAUUUUGUGAUUGACCCGCAGGGGUGGUGCUGCAUGGGCAUGAUUAUCUUCGUCUGGCUUUACAACACACUCUUUAUUCCCCAAAUUAUCCUCUUUCCUCACUAUGAAGAGGGACAUACUUCAGCUGCAGCGAUAUUGUGCUACUACUUAGUCUCAUUGUUUUGUAUAGUUUCGUUAUUGAGAGCCUCCAUAGCUGAUCCAGGAAAACUACCUGAAAGGCCAAAGAUACCACUCACAGAACGAGAAUUUUGGGAACUAUGUAAUAAAUGUAAUAUGAUGAGACCAAAGCGAUCCCAUCACUGCAGUCGCUGUGGACACUGUGUUAGAAGGAUGGAUCACCACUGUCCGUGGAUUAACAAUUGUGUUGGUGAAGACAAUCAUUGGCUGUUUCUGCAGCUAUGUUUCUACACUCAGCUUCUUAGUUCCUAUACAUUGAUACUUGAUUUCUGCCACUACUAUUAUUUUCUACCUCUGAAAAAAGUUAACUGGGAUCUCUUUGUAUUUAGACAUGAACUUGCCUUGCUAAGGAUAUCGACCUUCAUGGGCAUAAUAAUGUUAGGUGGAAUAAGUGGACUCUUUUACACUCAGCUAAUGGGUAUUUUCACUGAUACAACAAGUAUAGAAAAAAUGUCAAACUGUUGUGAAGAAAUAUCGAGGCCCCGAAAGCCAUGGCAGCAGACCUUCUCAGAAGUUUUUGGCACUCGCUGGAAGAUCCUGUGGUUUAUUCCUUUCAGGCAGAGGCAACCACUGCGAAUUCCCUACCACUUUGCCAAUCAUGUCUAAACAGAUGGAUGGUGGGCACAGAUGGGUCCUCCAUGCUGGAAGUGUGUAACAGGUUUUAUGAUAAUAGAACUAUGACAGUCUUCAAGUCAAUUAAAAUCCACCCACCAAUCUUAGAUAUCAUAAUGUGCCCCAGGCUUUAUUUUAAUAGUGAUCUUGAUUCUGUUGUGGGAUUAGUACUAGUGCUAAGUUUAAGGCAUAUUUACUUUCAAAUUAGUUUUCCAGAGGGAAUUCUUGUGUGUUUGAGGUUAAUAACAAAAACAUAAAUGAUUGAGAUACGUUACCCAAUUUUGUUUUGAUACUGGAUAUUUUGAUUUUUUUUUUUAAAGGAAACACUGAAGUUUACAUAGAUUAAUAGAUUUCAAACAAAGUGUCUCAUUUUGCAUUUAAUUUUUUAGUAUUUUUUAUCAGUAGAUUUAUCUAGAUUAUGUAAAGGUCUUUUUCUGCUAAUUGUGUUUAAAAUUCUCUAAUGUCUUCUUUUAUUUAUGAUGCAUGAUAUUAAUCAUGCAGUACAGCACUGGAAAAAGGUGGUAUUUUAACAGAAGCAGACUUUUUCCUAAACUUUUUCCAGAAGUUUUUUUAAUAUAUAAAGGGAAAUCUUAUAUCUUAUAUUCUCACUUUUGUAAAAAUGUAGUCUUAAUACAGUAAGUUAUUGUCCCUGUGUCAGUAAAAGCUAUGAGAGCAAACACCCUAGGGCAAACUAUGCAGAUAUAAAGCAUGUUUUUCCCUUUUCUCCACAUAGAUUUCCUUGUAACUUGCAAUAAUUCCACAUAUAAUCGAUAUGGUACGAAUAUUAGAGUACAUACAUUUUAAAAAUGCAGGUUUAAUCAGUCAAUAUAAGGUAUCAUGUAUGAAUAUACAAAGUAGUGUGUGGUCACUAAAGUUAUACUUAACAUUUUGUUUUGGUUAGUCACAACUAGAAUUAGGAUUACUUUUCAGGUGUUUAUGUAUAAUGGGCAAUGUGUAUGGAAUAUACUUUUUUAGUAUUUUAUUUAUAUGUAAAUAUUGAUGUUAUCGACAAGCAUUAAUUUCUAUGUAAACAGGGUAAUUGAACUGCACUAACUUCCUCUUGUGUAUUGUGUGGACAGGAGACUAUUUUGCUCUUUUUCUGGGAUAGGAGGGUUGCUUCUUAUUAGAAGUAGUUAACAAGAAAUGUUAACUUUAAGAUUAGAGCUGGUCAAAUAGUAAACUGAUUCACAAAUAGAAGCAUUGCCUUUGUUUUGCUAUGAUUUAGAGCAUUGUAUUAUUUGUUAUUCAUGUAUGUCUCAGCAAUUGUCAGGUAUUUGGGAAUCUUGAAAGUUUCAUGAAUUUUCACAAGGAUAAAAUUCAUAGUUUGUAUUUGCUCACUAUUCUGCCUAAAAAGUUUAUCAUCCAGACUAAGAGCAGAAACAACAGCAUGCAUAUUAGGUGACUACCAUUCAAAUUGGAUAACAAAUAGUGAAUAGUCAAAGCAAACAAGACAUAAGCUGAAAAUUAUUUAUCUCAGGCUAUUUAGGAUUUCUAGCAUUCUGAGAGAAAGUUCCUUUCACUCUCUCUUUCACUGUUUCUUUCUUUAUGGGACAGUCUUAUGGCUGAUGUUUAAACCAAAGUUCAAAAUGACCAAGAGGUGAUGAAAAUGAUGAUGUGACCUUUGAAAUUUACAAAUGGGCACUGUAUAAAAUAACUGCUGCAUCUCCUUUAAGAAAAAGGAAGUCACCCGUUGUAUCCUCUGUGACACUCUGGAUGGAAAUUAAGUCGUUUUCAUUCUGCUUAAACGUGUUUUGCAAAACACAUGUAUAUAAAUAUAGCAUUGGGAUUUUUUUUUUACUUGAUACUGAAUUAGUGUAGUUUGCAGGUUGUAUCAUUUAAAUCACUUUUUCUCAUCUACCAGUCUGUAAAAUGGCACCAGUCCCUGAGAUCUGCCUGAUAUAGUUUAGGAAGGCAGCAAGCUGGUCCCUGGUAUCAAAAAGCUUGAGAAACCCUGAUUUAAAGCACUGAAGCCUUUGACUAAAGAGAAGAGCAACGAGUUUAAAUGUCCUUGACUCACUCAUUGUGGGAUGUACAUUUAUUCUUUCUGUGUUUCUUACAUCUUCCUUUCAGUUACUUAACUUUGGGGAAAACACAUUUGCAAUACAUAAAUUGUUGCAGUAUUGGACCAUGAAUUGUAAACAGUGCAUUUAAAUUUGGUAAACUGUACCUAUACAAGAAAGGAUGGGAGCAUGAAAUCUUUGCUAUUUUUUAUCUCUGUAAUUAGUCUAAAUCUAAUAUUCUAUAAAUAUAUCCCAAAUAAGAGGAAAUAAGUAGAUUGUGACCUUAUCCUAAAAUGACACGGAUCUUGAGUUAAACAUAAACAAAGUCUGAAUGUAUAUAUGUAAAUUGUACAUAUGUAUACACACAUGCAUAUCUGCAGUUUACAAGAUGUCCAAUUUGGUUGAUUAGCAGGUGUUUUUACCUAGUAUGAUUUAGGACUCUGGCCUGUUGGGCUUGUGGUGAAGUUGACACAUACUCAAGUCUUAGGGAGAGCCUUUCAUCUCUUGUUCCCCAAGUGCCCUCUUUUGGCCAAGUCAUGCAAUGACAUCAUCUCUUCUCCAAUACAAGAGCUAAUGUCCCUGCGGUUAUGAUUCAUAGAUUGCUGAGGCCUCAUACUCAGACAAUGGUGAUUUGGAGCCAUAACUGUUGGGGAGAAUGGAAAAAAUACACCCAAAGUACAUGGUUUGCAGGAAUCUAUAUUCUUGCGACUCUAGCAUAUAUCCCAGAUACAAAAGCACUGUUAUUGUCUUGCCUCAGAUAAAAGUGAAACAUGUCAGACCUCUUGCAAAUCCUCAGAAUAGGUCUGUGGUUUAUAUAAUUCUACUCUUUUUGUCAAGUGAGGCAAAAUAUAGAUUGCAUAACCCAAUACUGACUUUCCUUUUGAGCAAUGUGUUGUACAUUAAAGUUCAAAAAUAAAGCAUCAGAGUUACUGUUGCUGAAAUA